AUGACCACUGUGAUCAUAGACAACGGCUCAGGCACAUGUAAAGCCGGUUUCCUCAGUGACGACAUCCCGAGGGUUGUCUUCCCGUCAUGCGUCGGAACUCCCGACAAAACCAAAGUGCUGCCUGGAGCCGGACAGAAGGAGUACGCCGUUGGGGACGACGCCCUGCUCAGAGGCGACGUCCUUGCCGUCAAGGACACCAUCGAGCGCGGCCUGGUGACCGACUGGGACGACAUGGAGAAGAUCUGGCACUUCACCUUCUACAACCAGCUCCGUGUGCUUCCCGAAGAGCACCCGGUGCUCGUGACCGAUGCCCCCCUCAGCUCCAAGGGUGACCGGGAGAAGAUGGUUCAGAUCUUGUUCGAGAAGUUUAGCGCUCCUUCGGUCUACGUGGCCUCCCAGGCCGAGCUCGCCAUGUUCCAGACGGGCAAGAAGACAGGAGUCCUGCUGGACUGCGGGGACGGCAUCACGCACGCGGUGCCCAUUCUCGAGGGCAAGCCCGUGACCGACGCCAUUGUUAGACUGGAGCUUGCUGGCAGGGACCUGACGGAGUACCUGAUCAAGUUCCUUACGACCAAGGGCCAUAGCUUCGCCACACCCAUUGAUCGGGAUGUCGUCCGGGAGAUGAAGGAAAGGCUGUGCUACGUGGCCGCGGACUUUAAGCAGGAAUCAACCAAGUCCACGUCCGCCCACGAGGAGUCGUACAAACGUCCCGGAGGUCAGCUCAUUCGAAUUGGCAACGAGAGGUUCGGUUGCCCAGAGGGCCUGUUCCAGCCCUCCCUCCUGGGUCUGAAGGUACCGAGCUUCCAGGAGACCGUGGUCAGCGCCAUCACGAAGUGCGACGAGAACACCCGCAAGAGCAUGAAGGACAUCAUCCUGUCCGGAGGCACCACCAUGUGCCCUGGCUUCGAGACGCGUCUCCAGAAAGAGGUGUCCACGCUCCUGGCGCCCUCCGGCCUCAAGGUCAACAUCGUCGCUCGACCCGAGCGCAAGUACUCGGUCUGGAUCGGCGGCGCCAGGUUUGCGGCCAAGACCAACUUCUACACUCUGCGGUUCAACAAGAAGGAGUAUGAGGAGUCGGGCGCCAGCGCGUUGCACAAAAAGUGCUAUCCAGGAUUUGCGGCGUAA